AUGAUUGCACCGUUCGAUGAAAUAUUUGAUCGCACAACAUCGUUUUUCAUGUCUUCGGUUGAGUUUGCUAAAGGUAAAAUCUAUGGCGUUCUACGGGCACGUGUUGUUGCCGAUAACGGCGAAGAUCAUUCACAUAGAACCGAUGAAAGUCAUUACAAUCUGAUCUCUGUCGAUGAUGGUCAAGGUCAAACAACUGAACAAUAUCAAAUCAAUAUCGAUAUUCAAUCACUUCAAUCUGCUAAUGUUAAAUGUAUUUCUAUUGAUCCAUUUAACAAUCCUUCGAUCCAAUUUUCGACGGUUCCUAUCGGCUUUACCGCUCUACCAACAGCUGAUAGUGAUGGUCUGGCAUUGGAUUUUAUUCGACGACCUAUAUUUGAUUUGAAUCUGUUAAUUCAAUCUGAACCAUUAACUGCCGAUCAGAUUGCAGAUCGACUUGAUGGUUAUUUUAAACACGACAAACCGAAUGUAAUCGUAUUCGGAACGAAAUAUGAUGAUCAACAUGUUGCCACCGAACAACAUUACGGUUUACAACGUGCAAUGAAAGAAAAGAAACCGUCACGUGGUAUUGAUGAUAUUCAUAUGAAUCAGAUUGUUGGAAAAGAUGGGCAUGCUUAUCAAGAUGGAGCGUUAUUUAUUCAAAAAGAGAACGAAGAAAACUCCUACGUUGCGUUGUUUUUCUGUUUUGCUAGUCAAUGUAAAACAGAUGCAGAAGAAAACUAA